GCCCGCGCGGCCUGGAGGGUGGGGGUGUCCGCCGCGCUCUUCCUCCCGCUUCUUGUUUGGUUCCGGGGCUCUGAGCCCUUGCGGUGCUGAGACGUGGGCGGAACCCGAGCUGCCGGGGGAGCAAGUUUCCGGGGGGGGUCGGUGUCGCGGGGACCCGCUAGGCUGGCGGCGGCCGAGCCCCGAAGGAUGGAGCCGGUGGCCGAGGGACCCGAUUUCGGGGCCUUCAAGAGACCGGCGCUGCCGCCGGCGGUCCCGCUCCGCGGCGAGGAGGUGGGCGCCGCUCCCCGGGACGCCGAGGGGGAAGCGGCGGGUGAGGAGCCGCCAGCGGAGAGCCCGCCCCAGCCCCGGGAGCGGAGCUCGGCCCCGGGCCCCCUCCCCGCCGCGGCCCCGCAGCCCCGCUACCAGGAGCCGCCGUGGGGCACCUGCCCCCCGGCCGAGGCCGGCUACGGCCUGGAGACCCUGAAGGGCGGCGUCAUCGUGGGCACCCUGCGCUUGGAGGGCAGGAGCUGGUUCCUGGUGGGGCGGCUGCCGGGCUGCGCCCUGGCCCUGGAGCACCCGUCCGUGUCGCGGCACCACGCCGUGCUGCAGUACCGCGGCCAGGCCCAGGCCGGCUUCUACGUCUACGACCUGGACAGCACCCACGGCACCUUCCUCAACAAGGCCCGGCUCCCGCCCCGCACCUACUGCCGGGUGCGCGUGGGCCACGCGCUGCGCUUCGGGGGCAGCUCCCGCCUCUUCGUGCUGCAGGGACCUGAGGAGGAUCAAGAGUCUGAGUCUGAACUAACUGUGACUCAGCUGAAGGCUCUGCGCAAGCAGCAACAGGCAAAGCUAGAGAAGACAAUGUUAGGCGAAGACUCAGAUGAAGAUGAGCAAGAAGAAAAAGAAGAGAAAAGAAAUGAGAGCGGUCAGAGUAAUGAUAUGAGUUGCUCAUGGGGAAUGGGCGAAGACGCCGAGGAAGAUGAAGUUGAGGAAAAUCCUAUUGCCAUAGAGUUUCAGGAGGAGCAAGAAGCCUUUUAUUUGAAGGACCCUAGGAAGGCCCUGCAGGGUUUCUUUGACAGGGAAGGAGAAGAACUAGAGUAUGAAUAUGAUGACCAUGGACACAAUACUUGGCUCUGCAGGGUUAAGUUGCCUGUGGAUGAUGCAUCAGGGAAGCAGCUGGUGGCAGAGGCUAUCCAUUCAGGAAAGAAAAAGGAAGCAAUGAUACAGUGCGCGCUAGAAGCUUGCCGAAUACUGGAUGCUAGAGGUGUGCUGCGGCAAGAGGCAGUAUCCCGGAAAAGGAAAGCAAAGAACUGGGAAGAGGAGGACUUUUAUGACAGUGAUGAUGACACCUUCCUUGACCGAACUGGGGUUGUUGAAAAGAAACGACUGAACAGAAUGAAAAAAGCUGGGAAAAUAGAAGAGAAGCCGGAGACUUUUGAUUCACUGGUUGCAAAGUUAAAUGCAGCUGAAAAAGAACUUUCUGAGAUAACAGAGAAGCUGAAGUUUUCAGGGAAAGCCCAAUCCCAGCCGGCUUCUCAAGAUUCCUUGGAUGAGUUCAUGACUGAAAUAAAAUCAGGCUGCUCCUUAGACAGCGUAAUGAGGAAGAAGCUUCAUUUGCGGUCCUUUGAAUUGAGGAAAGAACAGCAGAGACUGAAAGGGUUAAUAAAGAUUGUUAAACCUGCAGAACUGCCAGAGUUGAAGCCACAGACUGGGAGUCAUGGUGUGGAAAUAGAGAACAAGCCUAAAAAGCUAACACUGCCUCUCUUUGGUGCAAUGAAAGGGGGAAGAAAAUUCAAACUGAAAACUGGAAACCUAGGGAAGUUGUCUCUCAGACGUCCAGUUAUCCCUGAAAGCUUGUUAAAAAUGAAAGAUGAUGGGCCUGAAGUGGAGGAAGAAGAAGAGGAUGAAGAUAAGGAGCAGGAAAUCAAAGCAGCAAAUAUCGAGACACAAAAAGCAGAGAUGAAAAUGGCAGGAGAAGAAGUAGAACAAGAGACUAGUCUUCCUGCCAGUUCUCCUAGCAAGAAUGUGGAACCCACCCAUGGGAUUGGUUUUCAGUCUCAGCCCAUCAGCAAUCAGUUAAAGAUACCAGAUAAUGCAUAUAAGGUGGACCUAUCACAAGAGAAGUCUCAAGUGUCUGAGAGAGCGUGCAGGACAUUUGAAGAGAGCCCCAAGAAAAAGACGAAAGUUAAUGGCCCAAGCAGGCUCCAGCAAGCACUUUCCUCCUCGCAGUACCCAGAAGAUGACCCAGACUACUGUGUUUGGAUGCCUCCUGCAGGUCAAAGCGGUGAUGGCAAGACUCAUCUGAAUGAAAAGUAUGGCUAUUAAGCUUCACAGGCCCCAGGCAGGGGCUCUGAGGUCUAAGGGACCGUGCUACUUUGGACAGCUUCCUGCACAGAAUUGAGUGAGGGGUGAAAGAGUUGGCUUCUCAGAUGUUGUUCAAGACUGAAUGGCAUCAGCACCAAUUCAGACAGUUAUCUCAAACACUGAAUUUGUUCUUUGUUUUUAAAACACUUCUAAGGAUUCCUGAGCCUUGCACAUAAAUUUUUCCACCUCUUCUGCAGUUGGCCUGGUCAUUGUAUUCAGUGUAAGAAUGUUAGACUUGUAAGGACUUUGUUUAUAAGCUUGAUGAGGUGAGACCAAGCUGGUUUUAUCCAAUAAAAAUGAAAAUACUAGUGUUUUUGCCUCCAAAUUGUACUUAAAAUGACAUUUUAUUUCAAAGGAAAUAUAUUUUAACCCCUCCCCCCCUCAAAAAAAAAUCCUUUUUAAUUUUUGGAACUCAAGCACUUCUGCACUGAAUAGUGCAAGAAAACUAGAGAAUGAAAUUGGCUGGAAACGCUGAGGAAAAAUGCAAUAAUUAGAGGCAUGGAAAAACUCUCGUAUGAAGACAAAUUGAAAAUAUUUGGAUUGCUUAUCUUUCAAAAGAGACAAAUUUGAGGGGACAUGAUGAUAAAAGCCCCCAAAAUAGUGGAUGCUCUAGAAAAGGGAGAUAGGAGUUUUUCUUCUCCUUGUGUCAUAACACAAGAACAUUGGGACAUUUGAUGAAUCUGAAAAAUGAUACAUUCAAAAUUGAUAAGAUAAUUCUCUCAGUGCAUAAUUAGACUGUGGAACUCAUUGCCACAGAAUAUUGUUGGAGCCAAGAAUUUAGUGAGGACUAAAGAGGGAUUUGACUUUUCUAUGGAUAACAAGAAUAUCCAGAACUAUAAAAAUUCAUGCUGAAAAAGAGUAUUGGAAAAAAUCUAAUACCUCAUUUAUAUAUAAUAUGAAACCUGUGUCUUAAAAUAAUUCCAAAUUAUAAGAGAUUAGGAAGAGACCUUGAUGGGAGCAGAUUACCCUACAUCUGUCAACUGUGCAGUUUCUUGCACCUUCUUCUAAAGCAGUGGUGGGCAACCUGUUGCCCACGAACCGGUGUCCGGGAACCCGGCAAACCACAGCCACCGGGAGCUGCGAGGCGCCAUGCUUGCGGAUUGUCAUCAGCAAAAUGUUUCACAGCCCGCAAUCAGAUUACCCUGAUGGGCCGCUUGCGGGCCAUGGGUGCCCACCACUGUUCUAAAGCAUUGAUGCUGGCCACUGUCAAGAGACAAGAUAUUGGAUUAAAUUGACCGUAGGUCUGAGGCAGUCCAACAUUUCCUAUGUAAAGUAGCUCUAUAAAAUGCUACGGUAGUGGUUGUAUUAUACAGAGGGAAAUUCUUCUUUUAAAAAUACAAAUUUUAUCCUGACCAUGUCUCUUCACCUUCCUCUUUCAUCAGACGUGUUUCUAGAAUGGUCAUAAUAGUUCAGGCUUUUCUAUCUUUUCAGCAUUGUGUGUUUGGGCAGAUGCCUUUUGUAUUCCCCUAUUCAAGCCCCCACUUGGUUGAGAAUUUCUUGGUUGAGUAUUUCUCCCUGAUAACCAAAGUCCACUCACAUCAAUGUCCUCUUACCAGUUCUUUCAAAAUCAUAAUUAAAGAGAAAAUACCUGCAGAUGGAGCUAGUGAAGCACAAACUAUGUUGUGUCAUAGCUCUCUUCUAUCUAUGAGCUGUAUUAUGUCCAAUUCCUUUCCUCUGGACCUCUGAAGUGUUCCCUUCCUAAUUAAUUCCCCCCCCCCGCAAAGCUGAAAAUUCACCCACACUUAUGCCACUGGCUUUAAAAUCAAACCCUGGUGUAGAAGAGUGAUUUCAUAUCCACACAUUCAGCCGCCCAGCUGUUGAGACGGGUCUUUGUUUCUGCAGUAAGCUACAGCAUCCACACACUUGUUCUCGCUGCUUGUGCCAACAUGUGGCCAGGAUACAGUGCUUUCUCCAGCAUUCAAGGACCAAUUGUCUAAAGCUGCCUUUUCCUGUGCAGAGCACAUGAUUAUUGUAUUCUCUGCCACAUGUUUACCUCAUUAUUGUAAUUACUUCCCUUGCUACAAAACUUCCUUUUAUGUAUUCACCUGAUAAAUACAUUUUAAUUUAUAAGGCAUACCCAAAGUCCUCUAAGCAUUUAAUAUCUGUCCAGCUUACUUCAAAAUAUUUUGGUUUGGAGCGCUGUGCGAGAAGCAGUUCGUUUGAUAAUUUGCAUAACACAUUCUGCUGUUUCAAGUCAAACAAUUACACAUUUAAUAUAGUUAUAUAAAUGCCAUAGUUUUUUACAAGCUUUUACAUUCUGAUUUAAGUGACAUUUAGCGUUAGAUGCUCUCAGCAUCAUGAUGAGAGAAAUUAAGUGCAAUGAAAUGUCAAAAGCUCUCUUUUUCUGAUACCCCAGUGUGUGUGCCUAUAUGUAUAUACAUGUGUAUGUAUACUUUCCAACAUGAAUAUACUGCAUUGUUUCUGGGUUCUGAUGAUCUGUUAAACCUAGGUUCAGUCUCAUAUUUUCAUUAGACAUACUCAAUAAAAAUGCAGCCUAAUUGUA